UAUAUAUAUAUAUAUACACAUAAGUCAAACGUCUUACUAAGCUAUCUAUAUGUUCAAAGAUUCAUGUCUGGCAAAUUAUCUUUUUGGGUUUUAGAUGUUUGAUAUCUUCUUUAAAAAUAUCAAAAGUUUCUUUACUUAAAUAUUAGCAAAUUCUGGCUACUAUUACAAAUGAUUUUUAAUAUUUAGAAUUUUCUACUUCAUCUAUCACAUCCUCAUUUAUUAUCAUUACUCUCCUCAUUUUAUUGCCAUCAUUUCUCACCAUAUUUCUACUAAUUGUUAAACCCAAUCUCUACACCUCUAGCCUUUCAUUUAUUUCUUCCCUAUUUUCUCUUAUUAACACUACAUUGUCAACAAACAACAUGCACCAUGGUCCCUCUCCUUAUUUCUCUAGUAAUUUUAACCAUCACUAUAGAAAAUAAAAAAGGGCUUAAAGCAAAACUUUGGUGCAUUCCUACUCUUACCAUAAAUUUUUUUUUUACUCCGUCUAUAUGUUUUAUCCUGGUAAAAGUCCCAUUAUACGUAUUCUCUAUUACAUCAAUAUACAGUGAAAUUCGCUUAUAACGAUGCCGUAUACAACGAUAAUCCGGGUAAAACGAUUCCAAGCGAUGUAUUUGGUUGGUUUUAUAUGUUAUGUGUAGUAUUUUUAUUCGUAUAUAACGAUAUCGGUUAUAACGAUAAUCCGGAUAUAGCGAUGUUAUUUUAAAACGAAAAUUGGUUUUUAUUGAUCACCUAUAGCGAUUAAUAAUACAGUAUUGUAGUAGUAAAUUUGAUUUCGUCCAAAUCGAUAAUUCUUAAUCUUAUCUGUAACAGAUAAUGUGUCUUGUACGCCCGUACUGUAUACAGCAUACGUUUCUUACUCGUUUAGUCGCCGUUUUGAUUGCUAUCCGUUUAGACACGUUCCGAACUCCGUAGAUAAAAAUGUCAAAUAAAAGAAGACGCUGUUUCACUAUUGCUGAAAAAGUGAAAAUAAUUGAACGCUUAGAAUGUGGUGUUUCUAAUAAAGAUCUUUGCCAAGAGCUAGGAAUUAGUCAAUCAACACUAUCUACCAUAUGGAAAUCAAAAGACCAAAUAAAAAGCGUUUUUCAAAAAGACGUGACAUCUAACAAAAGAUUAAAAUGUAGCCAACAUCAAGACGUCGAACAGGCUCUUUUGGAAUGGUUCAAAAUACAACGAUCUAAAAAUAUUCCAAUAAGUGGUCCGAUACUUCGAGAAAAAGCGACCGAAUUCGGGAAGUGUUUUAAUAAAAUCGAUUUUCAAUGUUCUUCCUCUUGGAUUACCCGUUUUCGUCAAAGACACAAUAUUGUUUUUGGAAAAAUAAGCGGAGAAUCGUCAAGCGUUCCUGUUGGUGUUUCGGAAAAUUGGCUGGAACACGUUUGGCCUAAUUUGCGUAAAAAUUAUGCAGAUUGUGACAUUUAUAACGCUGAUGAAACUGGAUUGUUUUACCGUCUAACACCGUCUCAAACAUUACGUUUUAAAGGGGAAACAUGCAGUGGUGGUAAAUUAUCUAAAGAGCGACUCACGCUUCUUGUAGCCUCUAAUAUGACUGGUUCUUACAAAAAAAAAUUGUUAGUAAUUGGAAAAUCUCAGACUCCGAGAUGUUUUAAAAAUGUCAAAAACUUGACAGUUGACUACAAAAGCAAUAAAAAAGCAUGGAUGACCGGUGAAAUAUUUUCCGACUGGUUAAAAGAAUGGGAUAAACAACUAGCAAAGGAAAAACGACAUAUCUUAUUGACUGUAGAUAAUUGUCCGGCUCAUCCUCCUGUUCAAACUGAUUUUAUAAAGUUGGUUUUUCUCCCUCCAAACACGACCUCUGUGUUACAACCUAUGGAUCAAGGUAUUAUAAAAGCAUUAAAAGUGAAAUUUCGGGAAAAACUAGUACUCAAAAUUAUUAACCAAGAGGAACAGGGAAAAGAUAUUAAAAUUUCAGUAUUAGAUGCAAUUUUAAUGAUCUCCGAUGCAUGGAAUGAUGUUUCUACCACAACAAUAAGAAACUGUUUCCACCACGCUGGAUUCAAGGCUUUGGUAAACGACGAAACAGAAGUAGUAAGUGAAAAUCAUUUGGACACAGAGUGUUUUUCUGAAGAAAACAUACAAAGUUUUGCGGAGGUUGACGAUGCUCUUUUGACCAAUGAAGAACCCAAUGAAGAAGAAAUUGUCAAGUCUAUUUUGAAUGCAAAUAAUGAUGAAAGUGAACAAGCUGACGAAGAGAGCGAAGAAAUCGUAUUCAAAUUACCAUCUAUUUCGGAAAUGUAUUUUUAUAUUGAUCAGGUGCGUACUUUUGUUUCGGUAAACAGUGACAUAAAUACGCCAGAAGUAUCAAUGGCAUUAAAUAAUAUUUCUAAUUUUGUUAAAAAAUCUUAUUCAAAUUAUAAACAAACUACUAUUAAAGAUUAUUUUUCAAACAAAUCGUAAACGUAUACUAUAUAUGUAUUAUAAUCUGUACAUUUAUUAAAAUUUAGUACCUUGAAUGUUAAA